ACUAUUUUCUGAGCAGAGAGCCAGAUGAAACAUCAAUGGGUCGGCCAGUCAGUGUAAGACAACGUAAUGUUUCUGCCAGUCCUAUGUCAUCUAUUUCUUCUGAUACCUCAAGUUCUAGACAACAUCGAAAGAGGAGGAAAGACAGACAAAUAGAGAAGUCUCCAGCUUCUCAUGAAAGAAAAAGGUCAAAAAGCAAUAGUGAGCGUCAGCCUCUGGAGUACAUGAGUUUAACUACUGGCGGCAGUAACUCAUGUGAUGGUUGCGACUUGCGUAGAAGUAGAAGGGAUGGGAGUGUGGACAGUGAGAAGUGUACUUCCUCUCGAAAGAGAACACAUGAACGGGAUAGCAGCUUGGAGAGUACACGAAGUAGUUCCCGAGCCAAUAGUGAGUCUGGUGAAAAACGCAGCAAGAAACCAAAGGUCUCAAAGGGCAAGGAUCCAUCUGAGACUGCUAUGAGUAGUCCCAGCAUGAGGUCAACUAGUCAACGCACAGUUGAGGACAGUCAGCACGUCUGGACUCAGGAUAAGGAAGAUUCCUGGCAACUGAAAUAUCCCCAAAGACCCCAGCAUUCUCAACAAUCUAGUCAGUAUGCCCAAAAGGGCUACAAUGGUGUAUCAGAAGAUGCUGGAGUGAACCAUGAGUCAGAGCUUGGUGAGGAAGAAGAUGGUGCUUCUGCUGGAUCCCGAUCAUCUCAUCAGAGAUUCUAUAGCAAGGACAAAGGUGAAGAAAAUGGUACAACUCCAAGUGCUGACAGUAGUGGUUAUGUUUCGAGGCCAGCAUCAGAGCAUGAGUCCAGGGUUGGAAGUUCAUCUUAUAGAUCAUCUGGGGACCAGGCUAAGGGCUCUGACUUGGGAGGAACAGAUUCUUCUUCAUCAACAGCUCAACUGGAUAAUGGUACUCCAAUGGGUGUACCAUUAAUUCAGAAACAAUCUGCCUCAACUACCACUUGCUCGUCUGGUUCCACUACCUCUGCAGCUGCUGCUGUUAGACCACCUUCUGAACAAUCACUACUGCAUGGACAGUAUGCUAAUCCUCAAGAGCGACUGUAUACUUCAUAUUUUGAAAAAAGAUUACCAGAGGUAAACAGGGAUUAUAUGGGCUAUUUGAAUAUGGCCAAGCAGUUGAAACACAUAGCUGAUGGGGAGACUGAUCGAUCCAUGCAAGCUAUGAAGUACUUGGAAGCAGCAUUAUACUUUAUACUAAGUGGGCAGGCCAUGGAGACUGACCAUGAUACUUCAGCAUCUCUCACAAUGUACAAGGACACUCUUAAUUUUAUUAAAUGGGUAUCAUCUGUAUUUAGAAGAGAAAACCAAGAGGGCUCCAUAAACACAAAAUUAGCUGUUAUUAGUUUGCGAUGUCAAAGUUUACUGUCGUUAAAGAUUUAUAAGAUGCGGAGGAAUGAACACAAGGAAAACCAGAGGCAGCUCAAUAAAUACUUUCAGAGUUACAACAAAGCUGGAAGUGUUGAAACAGCUGGCAGUAGCGGUCAGCAGUGGGGGGGUCAACGAGCCACUGGUUCUCCUUCUCACUUGUCACAGACCCCUUCGCCUGCUGGAUCAGUUGGUUCAGAAGGCUCUCAAUCAUCAGGUUACACCACAAGCACAGAGGGCACACGCUCUAAGGGAGGUAUUGCUCCUCCUCCGGUUGGUCAAACACCCCCUCAUCCACAACCGCCUCAGGGGGCGCAUGCCAUAGUACCUGCUGUACCUGUGCCUGUUCACAUCCAUGCCCUUAUCAUCAAGCAGAACCAGCUCUCUAGCCACCUUGCCUCAGCUCAUGAUAUGUGGAUAGAAGCAGACCACUAUGUCUUUCAAAAUGGCAUGCAAGAUUUCUUUAUAGAGCUGGACCGUCAGGUUAGUCCAUUAACCCUCCACUCUUCCUUGUAUGAACUUGUGUGCUACGUGCAGUAUGGCCUCCACAGACUCAAGGACUAGUUGUUGCUGUGCACAUCUAGGAUCUGCCACUGCUGUUCUUAACACCCAGGGUUUGUUUGAUCACAUCCAGCUCUGCUCCAGAAGAACUUGAAAGAAGAUAUGAAGAGAUUCAGCAUAAUGGGCAAUGGAAUGUCUGGUGUAGCAAUCUCAAGAAAUCUGAUUUCCUGCACAGUUCUCUAUGCCUUGUCAUCAAAUAAGUGAGCAUAUUUUGCAUACUAUGAAGUAACUCAUUCAAUAGGAUGCAGAUACUCAAGGAAAUGAAUAAGUUGAUUAGUGUAGUGUAAUCAGGCUAUGUGAAAUUUUUAUAGGUUGUUCUCAGAUCUCACUGGAGAUGAAAGGCAUAGGAAUAAGUUAUGCUAAUUAAAUACUGCAGUAAAUGUGGCAAAUACAUGAGGCUAAUGUUAUGUCUUGCUAGUUAACAUGCAGCAUGGGAGCCCAAGAUCCCAAACAUUUGGCUUCCUGGUGUGACAACUGUGAUGCCUUAUCAUUAAAUUUAGUUAUGGAUGAUUUUAUACAAGUAGUCUCAAUGUUUUUUUAUGAUUAUUAUUAUUUUGUGUUAUAUUUCCCACCCAAAAUGUACAAAUUUGCUGAGAGGUCCAUGUGUGUGAAGACAAUGCCUUGUGUGCUCUUAUGAUGUUGAAGUGCAUUCAUGGCCAUUCUCCAGAAAAGUUCUCCAAAAACCAUUCUCCUAUGUUUAUGGUACUUGAGAGUAACUAUUUAUAUGCUUAAUAUGGCCAGAAUAACAUCAUGAAUAGUAAUCAUGACACUAGGUGAGGUAUGAAAUUUGGUUACCUAACCAAUAGAUUUUUUUUAGCUAUAGUAUCUUUGGCACAGUAAAUAUUGAACAAGGGACAAAAAAAAAAAUACACUUGUUAUAGGCCAGCAGUGAGGUAACCUUGAAAUAGAGACAGCAAUUCCUCCUCUGUGGGAAGGUAAGACUGAGGAAAAUUAAUAUUACACGUCAGGAAAUGCAUUAAUAGGAGUAAUGCAGAACUGUGAGAGGGUUAUACAAUGACAUCUGAAUAAAUGUGGUCCAAGAAACUGCCAAAGGUUGUGCUCCUGAGGGGUUGCUUCACAUGUGCUGUGCCCACUGUACACCUGCCUGGUCCUUUGGCCUGUUUGGUAACUUAAAAAAAAAUAUAUAGUGGCAUGUAACUGAGCACACACUCCCUGCCAGAUGUAUAUUUUUGUACAUAUUUUGAGAUUUAAUAAUGGUACUGACCAUAACUAUGUUACUGAUAUAGUACUUUGUACUGGGCUUUAAUUCCCACGGAAAUCCUGAACUUUUGUAAGUAACGAAAGUUGAUAAUGACAAAUGUAUGGCAAUGUUUUGAAUUAUUUUGCCCUUUUAGGGCAAUAUUGUUAAGUAUACUUAAUUUUAUGGAUGCUCAUAUGCUUGUUAUAGAUGAUAUAAAGUUGAUAUUUGUACUUGUAGUCCUAAAUUAUAUUGAACCAUGAAUGCAUUAAAUUAUUUUCUUGUCACAAACCUAAAUGAGAUUUAUUCUCAUAUCACUGAUGAAAGAUAAUUUUUACUUUUUUCUUCUGGUUGUCUGUUUAAUAAUCUCCUUAACUCUGGUUGCCACUGGACAUUGAUCAUGAUGAGUGGACUGUCUCUUCCCGUCCCUUACAACAGAUGCAUUGGCAGCUGGUGUUUUAGAAGUCCUCCCAUAUUGUUUGGAUAAUUCACAAAGUAUCAUCUGUUGCAUCUGACAAACUGUGUUCUCUGUGAUGAAAUAUAUCAACACAACUAUAACUAGGUGUCUUCAUUUUCUCCUGCCUUGUCAUUUCUCACUCAUUCAUAUCACUGCAUCCUUUAUAUUAGAUUAUUUUCAUAUGUUGUAUAAUAUUUUCAUCUCAUUGAGUACACAUUUCAUAUAAGCCAUUGAUAUUUCUUGCUACUCAAGAUGAAUAUGAUUUGAUAUUUCCUUGUUUCUUUCCAUGUAAAUUUUGUUUUUGUGAUGUUUGUCCUUUUGUCAGAAAUGCUUGCCAUGUUGAUACCAGGUGGUAACCAGAAGUGGGUGAUGAGGGUAGGUGGUUGAAAGCUCACUAGGGACACAAGCUCCUUUUGGUGUGUACACAAAUUGUCUUCCUAGUAUGCCCGAGCACUGGAGGAUACCACCAUUCUGUGCAUUGUCGGUUUCCUUUUUUGUUGUUUAUUCUCAAAUACAUAGGCUCAACCUUAAUUGACAAAGCCAAAACUGGUACAACAUGUUCUUAACUAAUUGUUGGUUAAUUAUUGGUUCUGCACCUGUGAAGUUGAACCAAUGACUGCAAUAUUGUUUGUUUACAAAUUUAUUAAAAUGUUGAAAGCACAUGUUCCAUUAUUUAAUAUAUUUUUGGUGGAGUUAGAAUUUGUGUCCCUGGUGAAAUGGGACAGCUGAACUUCCAUGGUCAAGUUUACUUGGUGAUUGAUCUGGGUGUAGUCUUGUUGCCAAGCAGGUAGUGGUGGUUGUUGAUUUCUGGGAUAGGAAACUAUGCGGUUGCUCACUUACCACACAUCUCUGCCUCAUUUCUAUUGCUUUUACUUAUUUACCAGAAGAAAUUCAGGUUAGGUAGUGUUAUGCAGUAUUGAUUUAUGGUUUAAACAUUUGUUUAACAGAAAUAUGCACAAAAUUAUGCAGUUCCCAUAGGCUCUGAGCCAGUUAAAGAGAAUUAGAGUAACUGAGACAAACUAUUUUCUGUGUUAAGGAGAGUGUGUAGAAAUGUGAUAUGUAAAUGCCAUUAGUGAAUAAUAAUGGCAACAGUACAAUAUCCAUCCAUGAAUAUAUAGUGGAUUAUGCACCCCAUGAAAGUUUGUCUAGUGUGAUCCUAACUCCCUAACUUAAUCCUCAAACGUUAACAAUAACAUGGCAUGCCUCAGUAAUCAUUCAUAUCUUAAUUAGCCAUUAUUUCAUUGACCUUAUUUUUUUUAGUCAGUUAUGAUUUUGUUUUCAUCUUUUCUUACAUAAUGGGGUGCAUGUAAAUUAUUGUUUUACUGUGGAUCAAGAACUGUGCCUCAGAGCCUUCCAUUGGCCAGGACUUGUCAGAUAAGGGAACUCUGCUUUAAUGUGCGUGUUACCAUUCUCCACAGUCUCAACCCCAAACAAGUCACUUAAUUGACCUUUCCUAUUGUUAAUUUACUCAUAUCUCUCUCAUUCACUGUAACUCCUUCAUUUCUCUCCUUAUCUUCUUGAUAGCAUUUUUCUUGGCAUAUUUUAACUCCACUCGUAUCUUAUUUUAAUAUGAUUUGUUGAAUUUUUUUACAUAACUUUUUUUUUUUUUUUAACUUUCAUUUUUGUGUUCAUUAUUUUGCCAGAUAAUUCUGCUCUUCAUCUUCCACCAUGUCAUGAACAUCAGUCAAUUUUCACAUCAUUUAGGAUUUUCCCUCGCAUAGAUUUAAUGAUACCAUUGUCACUCCUCUGUUAAAGAAGUGAUCCUUGAAGUGGAUUUCUCCUUAAAGCUGUGGUGUGCAGCACAUACUCCCACCUACACGUUUACUGUGUGUGUUCUUGCCUUGGACGAGGGUUGUUGGGGUAUGGAGGUACUCGGAGUUUGGCCGAGACUUCACUCAACCACACAAACACUCACGCAUACAAGACCAUCUCUUACAGAAAGUGUCCUUCCUAUAAUCCAAACUCUCUGACCUUAUUUAUUAUGACUUAAGUAGUGGUAUCAUUUCUGUGUUUGGGUGCCUGGUGUAGAGGAACCCAAAAGCUGUACAAAAGGACAGUCUUAUUUCAAAUCUAUGCCAAGAUUGUAUCUACAAUAAGUAAAUGAAUAAUAAAUAACACAUGCACAGUUUGCUGUUUUACAGAUAUAUCAUGUAAAUAAUAAAGUAUUUCUUAUGUU